AUGGUCGAUUCAGUCCCGCCCGUCCGUGGUGUCGAAGCCCUCCGCAAUUCAUUCGGAGACGGCAAGCCGCCGGAAAUCUCGAGGAAAAUCAAGGCUUGCGUUGCGUGUCGCAAACAAAAAAUCAAAUGCCACAUGAUCAAUGGCAAGGCGCCGUGCAGUCGCUGCAAAUCACGGUCACUACCAUGCACCAUAAAUCGAAGUCUACAAAUGUUAAUGGAGGAUGACGUCGUCUGGAAGCAGGCUGUCACCAAGCAGCUAGAAAUGCUGCGAUGUGCCGUUGGCUCCCUUGCGGACAAGCUGCACAUGCCGGAGCUACAACUAGCUACCCAGGAAGGGUCCAACCUCGAUCAGCUGCUAGUGAAUAGCACGCAGAAGAAAUCAUCAGAAAACUCUAACCACAACCACAGUACUCAAGUAAACGAUCACUCCUGGGCGGUGGAUCCGCAAUGCGAGCCGUCAUCCAUGCCAGCAUCUGUCAUAGUUGAGAUCCGUGACGCCGCGCCAGAGGUGACAAAUUCAACGAAGACGCCGACACUGGUAUCGAAGGGAAUCGUCACGAUUGAAGAGGCUCAGGCUUUGUUUACAAUUUACCGGGAGCGGCUCAAUCAUCUACUGUACCAAAUCGUCGCGGAUGAAGUGACUCUGGAAGCAGUGCUGGACAGUUCUCCUCUGCUCGCAGCAGCUAUCUGCACUGUUGCAGCGCUUCACUCAGCGCAUAUCGGUCAUCUUUUUGAGGCCUGCCUAGCAGAGCUGCAGCACUUGGUUUCCUCAAAAUCGCUUUUGGGCAAGCACAAUAUGGACGACGUGCGCGGCCUGUGCAUCGGCGGAUUCUGGCUGAACAGUCUGUCUUGGGCGCUGUCUGGUUCUGCUGUGAGGAUAUCGGUUGAGAUUGGUCUACACAGUGCUAUUCAUUGUGCACUGGACGGUGAUGCAGACGCUUACAUGAGGACGCGCCUCUACUAUCUCGUGUACGUCUGUGACCAUCACAACUCGGUCAUUUAUGGUAGGCCACCCCUGACUCGCGAGUCUACCAGCACUAGAGCUGCCAUGAAGCUCUUAGAAACCGAAAACGCCACCGAGGAUGACGUGCGGCUUGUAACGCAAGUAAAACUGUGGUCGAUAUAUGGCGAAAUAUCUGAUUGCUUUGGAACGGAGACUGGCAACCCUCUUUCCUCGACACAAUUGAUCCAACUACGGCGAUUUGGCAUUAAGCUUGACACAUGGUAUGCCGACUGGAAGGACAGGUUCGGGCCGAACGAGCGAGUGGGAAAUUAUCCAACAAAAGGCGUCGGCCUGCACUUUUACUUUGCCAAGCUCUACCUCUGCUCCCACGCUUUUCGCGGGCUGGAAGGAGUGUCCUCGCAAACCCUGCUCCCUGACCAAGAAGAAGUCGCCAACUCUGCCAUUUUCUCGGCCACGUCAAUUCUAAAUAUCCUCAUUUCCGAUGUGGAGAUGCAGAAGUACUUGAACGGGCUGCCACUUUGCUUUGACAUGAUGAUCACCUUUGCGAUUGUAUUUCUCGUCAAGGUAGCAACCAAGUAUCACGGCUCUGUGUGGGUAGACAAGGCCAGAAUAUUUGACAUGGUCAAGAGAAUGGUUUCUAUUCUUCAUGAGGUUACAGAAAGAAUGCACGCAAAGCACCUCUUGGCUGCCGCGACCUUGGGGCUGAAGAACUUUGCCCAAAAGGCACGCGAAGGGCGUGUCGGGGGUGAGAUUAGCGUAGAUGCAGCACGACCUUCAUCGCCAGACCUUUCUUCAGGGCGAGAGAGUGAGAUGGAUUGGUUGCAAAACUACGACAUCUUUGAGAAUUUUGACUUUCAGACCCUAGUAUCUGAUCCUAGCUGCUGGGCCACUGAUUUAUAG